AUGGGUUGCGUUUCCAGCAAGCAGGGAGCUACCCCUGCACAGAGGCAGCCCUCUGCUCCCGCAGCAGCUGCUGCUCCCGCAGCAGCACCUGCAGCGCCGGCUGCAGCACAUGCUUCUGCAGCUGAAGCCGACAAGAAAGCCGCCGCUGCAACAGAAGCAGCUGCUGCUGAUGCAGCAGCAGCAGGUAAGUCGGCUGCCGCUGCUGAGAAGGAGAUAGCGGGCGCAGCAGCAGCAGAACCAGCUGCUGCUGCUGAGGGAGCAGCAGCAGCAGCAAAACCUGAAAACAAGCAAAUCAGCGUGGAGCUGUCUGCGCCACCCCCACUAAAGAGCCCCCCUCCUCCUCCCCAGCCCAAGGCGUCGUUGCCUGCUGCUGGUGACGCAGCAGCAGCAGCAGACGCACCAGCACCAGCAGCAGCAGACGCAGCAGCACCAGCAGAAGCCGAGAAGCCUGCCGAAGCCUGA